AUGGAAGAACUACACAUCCACACCGCAAUCCACAGCCGAUACCAAGUCUUCGACGCCUCGGGCCAACAUCCCUUCAGCAUCGUCUUCGGUCUUUGCCGCCGCAGCCCAAACGAUACAGAUCCACGUCCCAUAGUCUUGCACGCCGCGAACUCAGUCCUGGACGUGCCCUACGCGAUCGCUCACCGGCUGCUUACGCUUCAUGAGCAUCAUGGAAAAGAAGGCCGGCAGGAGAAACCGAUUGAUUUUCCAGCAGGCCAGCUGCAGCUACCCGAGAGCGAGGCGGCGGGAACGUACCUUUCCCUCCCCUCGCCAGUCGACCGCACAGCACACUGGAAGGACGCGAUGACCGUCUACCAGUACCAAGUCACGCCAAACAGCGAACUGGCCUCGGUGCUGCAGCCGGGCAGGAAGUACACCAUCCGGCUGGCGGGCAAGGACCUAGGCGUGAAGUGGUGGACUUAUGGCGAUGACACUGAUAAUCCACCCUCGAGAAGAAACCACAGCAAUAAAGUGCCCACUACUACUACUACAAAAGCCUCGGAGACCACCAGGCUGAUCAACAGCAAGUCAUCAGCCGGCAGAGCGAGCUUCGCGGUGGUGCCGGAACUGCCUCGCCCGCCGAAGGUGGAGACGCAUAUGCGAUUAAGCCGGAGCAGCGCGGACCGUGCCAACCUCGACGAGGGCGACGACGAUCAUCCUCGCGCUCCUCUGGAAAUAUCCGUCCUGCACACCGGCGCCCAGCCCCUUACCGUCCAGACCCGCGGCCCGCAGCGCUUCCUAAUACCAUGGGGACCCUUCCAGCCCGAGGAAAUCGAAACCUCCCGCCCUCUGAUCAUCAACGCAGCAGCAGCAUCGCCGGCACCGGCACCAACCUCUAGCCUCCAAGUCGUCGAUGCCGGUACGGGCGAGGUAGUAGUACGCGCGCCCGCGAAGCACGUAGGGUGCGCCGGCUUGACGGCCGGGAAUGUUGAUCCCCGCCCGAGGCUGGACACACUGGUUACGCUGAUGCCUGGCGAGCCGCUGGUCAGGCGCGUGGAUAUUAGCGGGUUAGUUAAGGGUAAAGGGGUGCCGGACGGCAGGUAUCGCGUCCAGAUGCUGCCGCGGGGGAUGUGGUGGUGCGGUGGCAGCUGUACGGAGAUGAGGAACGAGGGAGAUGGUGAGAGAGUACCGUGGCAAUGGUAUCGAAAGGAAAUCCCGCCUUUGAUGUUGGAGACGGACGAUACCGUCGAUGUAAGGGUUGAGAAUGGGAAGAUCAGGUAG